UGUAUUUGAUAUCUUUUGAGAUGUCAAAAGUCAGAAAGCUCAUAUUAGAUUCUGUAGAGUGCCUUGCACGUAAACUCAAAAAGAAAUUAAUUAACUUUCCAUUACCCCAAGUGUCAAUACAACUUAUUGGGCUUUAAGGAAGAGAAAGAGUCUUUUAAGGAUAAUGGUUAUGAACUCCUCGGACCAGAGGUUGUACAUGUGCAGUUCCUGUUUCGAGAGGUGCCACUGGUAUGACUUGUCGAAGAAGGAACACCACUGCCCUCGCUGCCGGCUGCCCCCCAAGUUCUGUGCCAAUUGUGACCAGCAGUUCGAGCCCCGCGAGAAGACGGUUCUCUACUGCAAACGCUGCGAUUUCUAUAUGCAGAAAAAUGCGGCUGUGAGGCCCCAGGGCCUGGACAGGCCCGAGGAGGAAGCCAGGACCAGCUCCUCCUUCGCGGAGCGCUGGCAGGAGAUCAAGACGGUCACUGGAAUCGUGGACGACAUGGACGACAUGUACAUGAGCGAAUGAAAUGAAAAGGCUUACUGAUGCGUGAAAAUAAAUCAAAAUUCAAGACCACCGGAAAUGCCACCUGCGAUUUAAAUAUAUAUUUGUGACAAAAAACGGAGUACAAUUCAAGGGAUAUGAACUGUCGCCAGAUGGCCAGGAAGUCCAUCUACGCUUCAAUAAAUCAUUUUUACAAUAUCAGGGAAAGUUUAAAGGACUCUCUCUCUGAAAAGGCAAUUUAAUAAAUUCGACUGAAGCAUUUUAUAAUUCAGACAA